GUCGCUUCGCUCUCUUCAGCGCACUUGGCGAGCUGGUGAGGUGAGAGGGAUACUGCGAGAGGGCUCGGGGCGGCCAGUCCGGGGCUGCCGGCCAAGGCUAGGCGCUGCCAGCCCGAUUCUCCUCUGCUCUCCACCCCCGCCUCACCCAGUGGCCGGCCGGACCUGCACCCCGCGCUUGACCCCGCUCAUCCUCCCCCCGCCCGGCCGGGCGCGCUCCUCCCCGGCCGGCCCCUCGGCGCGCGGCGCGCUGGAGGCGAACGCGGGCUGAGGCGAACGCGGGCUGAGCCGAGCGCAGUGGCCGCCGACCACCGAGCGCCCCGCGCCGCUCCCUGCAUGUGCGGCCCGCGGCGGCUCGCAGCUCCCGGCAGCAGCCUCGGCAGCUUCGGCCGCGCCUCGAGAGGCGGCCGCAGAGGCUCCAGCGGCGGCCGAGCGGCCGAGCCCGGGCUGGGAGACACCAUGCGCCGCGUCCUUCGGCUGCUCCUCGGUUGCUUCCUCACCGAGCUGUGCGCCCGCGUGUGCCGGGCGCAGGAGCGAGCGGGACACGGGCAGCUGGCGCAACUGGGCGGCGUGUUGCUGCUGGCGGGGGGCAACCGCUCCGGGGCCGCCUCCGGAGAGGCCAGCGAGGGCGCUGAGGCAUCGGACGCGCCCCCGACCCGGGCGCCCACGCCGGACUUCUGCCGGGGCUACUUCGAUGUCAUGGGCCAGUGGGACCCGCCGUUCAACUGCAGCUCGGGCGACUUCAUCUUCUGCUGCGGGACUUGUGGCUUCCGGUUCUGCUGCACGUUUAAGAAGCGGCGACUGAACCAAAGCACCUGCACCAACUACGACACGCCGCUCUGGCUCAACACCGGCAAGCCCCCCGCCCGCAAGGACGACCCGUUGCACGACCCCACCAAGGACAAGACCAACCUGAUCGUCUACAUCAUCUGCGGGGUGGUGGCCGUCAUGGUGCUCGUGGGCAUCUUCACCAAGCUGGGGCUGGAGAAAGCGCACCGGCCCCAAAGGGAGCACAUGUCCAGGCUCUAUGACAAUCUGCUGUUUACGGAGGCACAGAUUUCUUUCCAAGAGGAUGAACCUGCCCCUGGAGAGUGGAGUGUCGGACUUCAAACCUGGACAGUCUGAGUGCACGGAUCCUUGGCCGCUAGGCUGCACUGCGUUUGAGUGCAAACCUGCAGGAAUUCCAGACUUGUCAGAUCACAAAGAAGUACGUGAUGCCCUGCAAACAACAGCUCAUGCAUCGGGGCCAGUUCAAGAAGCUACCGUAAGAUGAAGACUAGGAAUGCUUUCUAUAUCGGCCCCAGCAGGCCCAGACGUCUUGGUGGAGGCGUUGGUGAGAAAUGACCUUGAGGACAGAAGCACAUAUGUGAAGCUCUCUACACUUGAAGCCAGUAGGGAACACAUGUCAUUAUUUUGUCCACCUUCAAACAGAAUUGGAAAUCCAAGUGGCAAAUGGCAGAUAAGCGUCCUGUGUGUUUUUAAAACAUGCUUCAGAAGAACUGGCACCCCUUGGAAAGAAAUAGCAACAAAUAAUGAUAAAUGCACCUCCUCCUCUUGCCUUUUGCCUUCCAGUUUCUCUCCUGCCUCCCAUCUUUCUGUGCAUUUGUGGUUAUCCUAAGGCUUUGACCAGCUUCCCAGGCUGGAGAAGUCCAUGUGUGCAUGCAUCUACUGUUGGCCACAGAAAAGUCUUAAUCUAUUUUUCUUUGCAGGGUAUGUUGACUUCUCUUUGGGCACUGAGUCCUUGCAUUUUAAAAAUCAACUUCAUUGAAGUAUAAUUUACACAAUAAAAUGCACACAUUGUAAGUGUGUAGUUUGAUGAGCUUGGACAAAUGUCUGUACCUGUGUAAUCAUUACUCUAGAAAGCUCACUCAUGCCCAUUGCCCUUGCAUUUUUGAAAAAUAAUUGAUGCUUCUUGUGCAAGAAGAAGUGCUCAGGAACUCUAUUCAAGUGUUUAAAAGUCAACACAUAGAUUGGACAUUGGGAUACCUGGAGGCUUUGAAGCAAGAUACCGGGACUCUGAGUUCUGUUUGGAAAUAUUGGUGUCAUAUAUUUGUCAUUGUAAUUGGAAAGAAAAGAGAUGCACCAUUUUCUUCUUGUUCCUUGGAUAAGCUAAGCUCAUUCCCACCUUGGAGCUGUUGCACUGGCCCUUGUGUGGCUGGUCCCUCCUCAUCACCAGGGUCCCAGCUCCAAUGUCAUCUUCUCUGAGAAGUCGUCCCUGACCAGGCUUAGUUGCUUCCCACCCCAGCCUGACACACUCCAGUCCAUCACCCAGUCAGUGUUAUUUGCUUCAUUUUUACAUUAUGGUCUAAAAUUAACUUGCUAGUUUACUGGCUUACUAGUUUAUUAUCUGUCUCCUUCCAUUAUCCCUCUCCUUCCCUCCUUCCCUUCCCCUUCCUUCCUUCCUUCCUUCCUUCCUUCCUUCCUUCCUUCCUUCCUUCCUUCCUUCCUUCCUUCGAGACACAGUCGUACUCUGUCACCUAGGCUGGAGUGCAGUGGUGUGAUCUUGCCUCACUACAACCCCUGCCUCCUGGGUUUUAGCGAUUCUUCUGCCUCAACCUCCCGAGUAGCUGGGACUACAGGCACCCACCAUGAUGCCAGGCUAAUUUUUGUAUUUUUAUUGGAGACGGUUUCACCAUGUUGGCCAGGCUGGUCUCAAACUCUUGACCUCAAGUGAUCCACCUGUCUCGGCCUCCCAAAGUGCUGGGAUUACAGGCACGAGCCACUGCGCCUGGCCCUUUUAUUAUUAUUCGUAGUAAGACACACAGGGACCACAAUUGUCUCUUCUACUCAAUAGUUGGAUUCUGAGUGCCUAGUUCAGUAUUUGGCAAGUAAGAGUUCUGCAUUUGAUAUCCUGGUUUACCUGGCACAACAAAGCAUCUCCAAAUUCAUUCAUUCAUUCAUUCAUUCAUUCAUUCAUUCAUUCAUUCAAUAGGUAUUUACUGAACAUCUAACUUAUGCCCAACACUGUGCUGAGAGAUAUGAGAUAACCAUGAAUAGUACAAAAGCAAUCCCUGCCCUUGCAGAGCAAACAGCCAAAUAUUAGGAGACAGGUAACACAAGGAAAUGUACAAGAAAGUUGAGCCAGCACUUUUAUAAGUACUGGUUCUAGUACUAGCUUUCAUAAGAAAGUACUGGUUAUAGUACUAGCUUUCAGUACUCUCUUGUGAAAUUUUCAAUAUUCAGUCAUUUCAACCUCAAAAAUGGCAACAUAACUAUGUUUCAACAUAAUUGUUGUUUUAAACAAACAAUUUUGUUUCAACAUAAUUCUCCUGAACUGGGUGGAAGGCUAUCAAGAAAAAGCUUAGCUGCUUCUUCAGGUAACUGCAAGAGACAGGGUUCUCUAGAGAAACAGAACAAAUAUACGAAGAGAUUCAUUAUAAGGAAUUGGAAGUCCAAAAUCUCCAGAGCCUCUGUUCUUGUACAAGUCUGAAGGCCGACAGGCAGGAGAAUUCUCUCUUUUUGGGGCAAAGGUCAGUGUUUUGUUCUAUCCAGGCUUUCAGAUGAUUGGUUGAGGCUCACUGACAUUAAAAGGGCAAUCUGUCUUACUGGCAUUAGAAUGCAACCUGUUUUACUUAGCUUACUGAUUUAAAUGUUAAUCUAUUUCAAGAGCACCCUCACAGAAACACCCAGAAUAAUGUUUGAUGAAAUAUCUGGGCACCCCGUGGCCCAGUCAAGUUGACACAUGACACUAACCAUCACAGUACCCUUAGGGUCUUGUCACUCGGAGUGUGGCCUGUGAACCAGCAGCAUUUUUAUCUUCUGGGAGCUUGGGCACGAUCUCAGGCCCCACCUCCUGCUUAUUGAUUCAGAAUCUGCAUUUUAACAAGAUCCCCAGGUGAUCUGGAUGCACCUUAACAUCUGAGAAGCAAACUAUGUGCCGCAAACAAACGCCAAGUUCUUAGGCAUUUGUGUGGCUUGGAGCACAUAGUUGGUUCUUUCUACUGUCUAAUUCAUUACAUUUUUUCAGCACAUUCCUGUCUAUAAAUGUUUUUUUGUAUGCACCCCAAUAUAUGCACAUUUAUAAGCAUAUGCAUGAACCCACGAACAAUGAUUAGGUACAUUAUGAGGCAUACGUAAGGACAGAAAUUUCAAACCAAGCUUGAGGGUGAAAUAAACAUUAUUUGAAAACCUGUUGCUAAUUGUGAUGACUUCAUACUAUCAUUAGUUACUAUCUCAAUGCAUAAUGUACAGUGACGGGUGAAGUUUAUCAUUAAUAAAAAAAAUCUGGAUUUUAACCAU